GGGAAGAAUCUUUUCUAGAAAGAAAAUUUUGGGUCACACCAUUAUUUGUAUGGACACAAUAAUAAGAAAUGUAAAUGAAUCACUAGCUAACCUUAAUAUAAAAGGAACAACGGAGAUAGUAAGAACCUGUUGUGGGUUUUUUAGUGCACACUAUGUCGCAAGGAGUCUAGUUCUAGCCUCUGUUCAACUGUUGACAACAACUUGUGAGUUGGAAUUUUCUGUUUUCUAGUUUGACCAUUUGUUGUAAAUAUUCACAAGUCAUUCUGUAUAAAACUGCCUAUAUCCGGUUGUAAGAGACUGUAGAAUAUGAGGUACUAUUUAAAUAAAAUUUCACUUUCAGGCAGUCGCAGCAUAUUGCAGCUCAAUGUUUCCUUGUCAUGUGGACUUCUCAUUCUUUCUUAGAAAAGCUUCGACUUUUUCAAUAUUUUCUUAGAAAUAGACUGUCUCCGUGAUAUUGAAAACAUAGUCACGUUGCCAUAUGAAAUCGUUGCGUGGAUUAAUUUGGGGCAGCAUUUUUCUUCCUUCUCAAGGUGAGUUUAAAAAGAUAGCUGGAAGCGUCUUGCCUUCGAGCUUUAAUUGAUUUUCUUGUUGUAAUGAAAUACUUUGUGGCUGUAUCACUUAUCGUAUUGCUAUCACUUCAAGGUUUAGCAGUUCAAAAUGUACAUUGUGCACCCAUUCUAUCUACUGACAGAGUACAAAAUAGCACAAGUGCGACAGGUUCGUCUCAGCUAUCUCCUCAAGUAAUUGUUUCAAAUGGCGUUCCCGUUGCUAUUGUGUUUCCAGAUCCAACAGAAGCACCUGCUCCGAUUCCAACAGGAGAAACCCUCCUUGUUGAAACUUCGGAAGGAGACUUCGAAAUCGUCACAAGAAGUCAUUAUCCAAAAAUAAUUCAUCAAAACUCAUAUAAUGCGAAGCAAAAUUCAAUAUCAUCUGCUGAUCUAGAAAGUAUUGUUAGAAAACUAGUUGAAAAAAUUCAACUUGAUUCUUUACAAGAGGAGCAGCAAAUGGAUAGUACUCUGCAAGAUGCUUGGUCAAAUAUGAGACAAUUAGCAACUUUGAUACCCGAGCCAACCACAUCAGGUCCUUCUGACUUGCUUUUAUUCCCUUCUCCAGAACAAUUGGGACCAAACGCUGCUCGUGUUCCGUUGAAAGACUCCAAGUCGUUUUCUCAAGGUCGAACAAUAGAGUUGCAGAUCCAUAUCGGUUCCAAUGAUAACAUCCGAGUGGCCUUGCCAACAGCAGUGUUAGCCUCACCAGUCGAGGCUUUACCUACCGACGUUCCUGUUCCAACAGAAAUACCUCCACCCUUCUCACAAGUAGGCAGCAACCAGCCUUUCUAUUUCCUGGGACCUCCUACUGUUUUCGAGCCUAAUCAGACCCAAUCUUCAAGAGUUUUAGAUAAGGAUGAGUUGUCGAAACAGAUUGGAUACUUGGUACUUGAUCAAGUUUUAGAAUAUCUAUCGAGAAAAGAGGAGCCAUAUGAUGAUUUCGAAAAGUAUAUUAUUGGAAAGAACUCAUACAAGAUUUCCAAGGAACGACUGGUGGAUGCUACUGAAGCGCCACUUCCUGCACAGUCAUCUCAGCCAAAACAAGGAACCACACUUCCCUUGUCUCUUUCUAAUCUACCACCACCACCAGCUGUAGUCUUACCAAACGGGAGUCUUUCGUAAGGAAUGUACACUUUUGUUACGUUGUGUGAUAAAUAAUAAAGAUGUGAUGAUUUUCGUAUGGCUUUGGAUUGUGUUGGCGCGUAAAUCAAGCCCGCUAAAAAUCGAGCGUUCCUUUAAAUACGCUGCAUAUUGCCAUUUGAUUCCUUUUUCUUUGUGGUGAGAUGGGUUUGGAUUCAAGUCGCAAACCUUCUCACUACUGACAAGUUUCUUCAAUUUCUCACAAUUCUCCUUUGGCAAUAAAGUAUGAAGUUUCUCU